UUUUAAAAUUUAUCCUGUAAUUUGUGUACAUACGUUAUAAGUAAUAACAAUUUUAUUUUAAAAUAUAUAAACAAAUUUUUACAAAGAACUUUCGAAAAAAAGAAGAAAUUUGAACGUCCAUUACUAUGAAUGACAUAUACACGAGUUAUAGGUGAAUUAUAGUUCGGUGACCGGCAACGUCGAUAAUCUGGAGGGUGGUCUCGACGGGGUUGUGCAGGUGAUCGUUUGUGAUCGACAAGUUGGUUGGGCUCAUCAAGCGCGGAAGCUGAUGCUAGUAGCGACCGAUGGACUUUUGCAUUUCGCUGGCGAAGGAAAGCUAGGAGGUGUAGUGGAACGUCAAGACUUUCAGUGUCACAUCGAUGAACGUGGACAGUAUUUCUUGGCGAAGAAAUACGAUUAUCCCUCUCUAGCGGAGGUGUCUCGAUUGUUGCAUGAGCGCAAAGUCAAUCUGAUCUUUGCCGUGACGGAAGAUCGCCGUCACGAAUAUGAAUUAAUCGCCGACUUGCUGAAGCAGCAGGCUAGGGUCGCCACUCUCACACGUAACAGCUCCAACAUCCUCGAGAUCAUCGAGAGUGCUUACCACGAGAUAGUGAGUAAAGUGGUGUUGCGCGACAAUGCGACCGGUCCGUUGCAUCUUAGCUACCUCUCCGCGUGUGGAAGCGAUACGAGUGUGGAAUCGAAUACGUCCGAGUGCGACGGUAUACAGGAGGGUCAGGUGUACGAGUUCAAAGUCGUCAUAUCGACUGACGAGUGUCCGAGAAAUGAAAGUCUCUGGAGACAAACGGUGGUAAUUGAGGACGCGUUAGCGUCUGAGGCGUCCGAAGUGCAAAUUGAGGUAGAACUUUUGUGCGGUUGUCAUUGCAAGAACGUAGAAAGUUCGUACUGCGAGCACGGGGUCAACGAGUGCGGUAUAUGCAAAUGCGACUUUGGCUGGUCUGGAGAUACCUGCGACUGCGAUGAGAGUUUCUCGAUAGAGAAUAGGCUGCAAUGCACCAACGGCGAGGAGAUUUGCUCAAACAGAGGUGAAUGCAUUUGCGGUGUUUGCAGCUGCGACAAGGGAUACAAUGGGCGCUUUUGCGAAUGUUCCCCUUGCGACAAAACCGACGGGAUCGAAUGUGGCGGUCGUGGUAUAUGCAAUUGUGGUGUUUGCAACUGCUUGGAUGGAUGGAAGGGCAGCGGUUGUCAAUGUCUGUCUGGUAACGAACUUUGCAUUGCUCCUGGCAGCAAAGAAGUAUGCGCCGGUCACGGAUACUGUGAUUGCGGACAAUGCCGAUGCAACGAGACAGCUGCUGAUGGUUUAUACUAUCGAGGUACAUAUUGCGAAUCGUCUGUGAGCGCAGGUGGCAGUGGACUUUGCAUCCUCUACAACUCUUGCGUGAACGUCACGGUCGAAUAUCCGGAGAAAGCGGAAGAACUAUGUCAGACCAAUACGACUCUUUACAAAACCGAGCGAGUGGACACGGUGGAUAUAGCAGAUGACGAGCACUACUGUUUCGUGAGGACGGUACAAGAUAGAACUGUCUGCAACAUACCUUACAUAUACGAAUUUCAACCGGAUAAAACGGUUAUUUUGAGAAUCGCCGACAAGACUUGCCGCACGCUGAUGCACGCCGCGUUUAUUCCGGGAAUCGUCUUCGGCGCCGUAUUACUACUCGGGAUUACAGGCUUAUUAAUAUGGAAGUAAGUAACCGCUUUCUCACAAAAAACCGUUUAAAAUAGUCAUUGUUUAAAAUAGAGCUAUAAAAAGUUGUGUCGGAUAUUAAUUAUACGUAUAAUAUAUGCU